AUGUUCAGAUCGCGGAAGAACGACGACGUGAGCCGGUUGACGCGGCAGCAGAAGGAGCGAGUGAAGCAGUUCGUGAGCAGCACUGGGGCAAGUGAGCGCGAUGCAGUGGCAGCGCUGCAGGGCAGCGAGUGGGAGGUGGCGCCAGCUCUGGCGCGCUACCAGGCGGGGGGUGCACCCAUGGCCGCGCGGGGCGGAGGGGGCUUCCUGGCAGCCUUCACGGGGCGCUCGCACUACCACCAGCAGCAGCAAGGGGGGCAUGCCAUGGCGCCCCAGCAGCCGCCAGUGGAUCCCAUACAAGAGCUCUUCCUGCGCUACAAAGAUCCGGAUUCAGAUAUGAUUCUCGUGGACGGCAUCACACGCAUGUGUGAAGACCUCGAGGUGCGCUCAUGCUGCACGUGCCUCCUCCCAUGCUGCACAUGUCUCCUCACCAUGCUGCACGUACCUCCUCACCAUGCUGCACGUGCCUCCUCACCAUGCUGCACGUGCCUCCUCACCAUGCUGCACGUGCCUCCUCACCAUGCUGCACGUGCCUCCUCACCAUGCUGCACGUGCCUCCUCACCAUGCUGCACGUGCCUCCUCACCAUGCUGCACGUGCCUCCUCACCAUGCUGCACGUGCCUCCUCACCAUGCUGCACGUGCCUCCUCACCAUGCUGCACGUGCCUCCUCACCAUGCUGCACGUGCCUCCUCACCAUGCUGCACGUGCCUCCUCACCAUGCUGCACGUGCCUCCUCACCAUGCUGCACGUGCCUCCUCACCAUGCUGCACGUGCCUCCUCACCAUGCUGCACGUGCCUCCUCACCAUGCUGCACGUGCCUCCUCACCAUGCUGCACGUGCCUCCUCACCAUGCUGCACGUGCCUCCUCACCAUGCUGCACGUGCCCACCAACAGCUCACCGCUUCUCUUUCCCAAGCGCCCAUUUGCUUUCAACAUCCAACAUGCUUUCAACAUCCAACACCUCAAUCUUCAAUGUUCCACCGUGCACACACACACUAACUAUUCCCUUCCUCACUCUUCCAUUCACAUUCUCUUUUUCUCCCUGUGUGCCGUGCCAUGCCAUCCCGUCCCCAAUGCCAUUACGCCGCAUUGGUCAUACCGUGUGGGCGGCACGGCACCAGGUGGAGCCACAGGACAUUGUCAUGCUGGUGCUGUCAUGGCAUCUGGGUGCCGCCACCAUGUGCGAGUACUCGCGCCAAGAGUUCACCUCCGGCCUGCGCUCCCUGCGGGUGACGUCCCUGGAGGCGCUCAAGGCGCUGCUGCCAUCAUUCCGCCGCGAGCUGCAAGACGAGAACGUGUUCCGCCAAAUAUACAACUUCGCGUUCGCCUGGGCCAAAGAGAAGGGCCAGAAGUGGUUGGCGCUGGACACGGCCAUUGGCAUGUGGCAGCUGCUGCUGGGCUACCGCAGCUGGCCACACGUCGACCACUGGUGUGACUUCGUCAGGGUGCAGCACAACAAGGCCAUAUCCAAGGACACCUGGUCGCAGCUCUUUGAGUUCUCCCGGGUACGUUGCUCUUGCCCCUGCCCCUCCUAUUCUUCACCUUCCCUUACUCUGCACCUGGCGGCACCUGCCUUUCCUGCCCCUGCACCCCUGCUGUUGACGCAGGGGCAGUUGGAGCAGUACGACGAGGGCGGGGCAUGGCCGUACCUGAUAGACGAGUUCGUGGACCACCUCCGUGCCGCCGGCUCCCUGCCCUCCGCCUGA